GACUCGAGCAGUUGUGGGCAGCAGGUGCAGGGCGAGGCCAGAGGCAGAAGCGCAGCUCGCUCCCUCACUGCCUGUCUGCUCCGCUGCUACAAAUGUUGCAGAGGAGAAUCGUCCACUUCUCCCGCCGAUUCUCUCCUUCUUCCAUCUCCUCCUCCUCCUCCUCCUCCAAACCACUCUUCCUCCUCCCGAACAUCACCACACAUCUCGCACACACCAUGGCGACCGAGUGUCCCGUGAAGCACAGCAACGUCGGCGGAGGCGGCACCCGCAACCGCGACUGGUGGCCCAACGAGCUCCGAACGGGCAUCCUCCGCCAGCACACCGAGCGAACCGAUCCCUUCGGCGGCAAGUUCGACUACGCCCAGGCGUUCAAGAGCCUCGACUAUGCCGGGCUCAAGAAGGAUCUCCAUGCAUUGAUGACCGACUCACAAGACUGGUGGCCGGCAGAUUUCGGCCACUAUGGCGGUCUGUUCGUGCGAAUGGCGUGGCACAGUGCCGGCACAUACCGCGUCUUUGACGGCCGAGGAGGUGGUGGCGAGGGUCAGCAGCGAUUCGCUCCGCUGAACUCAUGGCCAGACAAUGUCUCUCUCGACAAGGCCCGCCGACUGCUGCUUCCAAUCAAGCUGAAGUAUGGCAACAAGAUCUCGUGGGCGGAUCUCUUCCUCCUCACCGGAAACGUCGCUAUCGAGUCCAUGGGUCUGCAGACUUUUGGUUUCGCUGGUGGUCGUGCAGACACCUGGGAAGCCGAUGAGUCCGUCUACUGGGGAGGCGAGCAGACGUGGCUGGGCAACGAAGUCCGCUACUCCGACGGUAAGGAGGGUCUUGCCCAGCACGGUGUGGUUGAUGGCGACCAGUCCAAGAAGGGCCACACUGAUAUCCACUCCCGCGACCUCGAGAAGCCUCUCGGUGCUUCCCACAUGGGUCUCAUCUACGUCAACCCAGAGGGUCCAGAUGGUGUUCCGGACCCGCUCGCCGCCGCCCGCGACAUCAAGACCACUUUCGGCCGCAUGGCCAUGAACCACGAAGAGACCGUCGCCCUCAUCGCUGGUGGUCACGCCUUUGGCAAGACCCACGGUGCUGGUCCUUCCGACAACCUCGGCGUCGAGCCAAACGCUGCUCCAAUCGAGCAACAGGGCUUCGGCUGGAAGAACAACUACAAGUCAGGCAAGGGUGCCGACACCAUCACAUCCGGUCUCGAAGUCACCUGGACCAGCACUCCCGUCAAGUGGAGCAACAAGUACCUCGAGUACAUGUACAAGUACGACUGGGAGCUCACCAAGUCUCCAGCUGGUGCCAACCAGUGGGUGGCCAAGACCGAUGACAAGAUCAUUCCACACGCCUACGACCCCAACAUCAAGCUCAAGCCCACCAUGUUGACCACCGAUCUCGCCCUUCGCUUCGAUCCUGAAUUCGACAAGAUCUCCCGCAAGUUCCUCGAGAACCCCAAGCUGCUCGACGAUGCCUUCGCUCGCGCCUGGUUCAAGCUCCUCCACCGUGAUAUGGGCCCACGUUCGCGCUGGUUGGGACCAGAAAUUCCCAAGGAGGUCUCCAUCUGGGAGGACCCAAUUCCAGACCCACCAGCCCAGACCAUCAGCGAGUCGGACGCCGAGGCUCUCAAGAAGCAGAUCCUCAGCUCUGGCGUUGCCCCACAGAAGUUGAUCGCUGUCGCGUUCGCCGCAUCCUCGUCCUACCGUGGCAGCGACAAGCGUGGUGGCGCCAACGGUGCACGUAUCCGCCUCGAGCCACAAAAGAACUGGCAGGUCAACAACCCAGCACAGGUGCAGGAAGUGGUCAGUGCAUUGGAGAAGAUCCAAAAGGACAGCGGCAAGCAGGUCUCGAUCGCUGAUCUCAUCGUUCUCGCUGGCUCUGCUGCCGUUGAGCAGGCAUCCGGCCUCAAGGUCCCAUUCACACCCGGCCGCACCGAUGCUUCGCAAGAGCAGACCGAUGUGGAGUCCUUCUCCCACCUCGAGCCAGCUGUGGACGGAUUCCGCAACUACGGCCAGUCGACCAACCGCGUGACCACCGAGCAAUUCCUCGUCGACCGCGCACACCUCCUCACCCUCUCCGCACCAGAGACGGCCGCCCUCAUCGGUGGUCUCCGUGUGCUGAACCAGAACUGGGACGGCUCACAGCACGGUGUCUUCACCAAGCAGCCUGGCACACUCACCAACGACUUCUUCAAGAACCUGCUCGACAACAACACCGAGUGGAAGUCGGCAGGCGGCGAAGUGUUCGAGGGCAUCGACCGCAAGUCGGGUCAGAAGAAAUGGACUGGCACACGUGCCGACCUCAUCUUCGGCCACCACCCCGAGUUCCGCGCCAUUUCCGAAGUGUACGGCGCCGCCGACGGAGAGGCCAAGUUCAAGCAGGACUUUGUCAACGUUUGGGUGAAGUUGGCCAACAACGACCGAUUUGAUCUGACUUCUGCCGCAAGUAAGUCGAAGCCGCGAUUGUAAUAUGCAUCUGCCACUGUUCCCGAUCAAGGGAAGUAAACGAUGCGAUCGAUUUAGAUUGGACGAUGAUUCACGAUGAAUGAAAGAGGUUGUUGAUGUGACAGGACGGGAAUGACAUCUCUGCUACCACUUGCACUGGCGAGGUGGGUAGUAUUAUAAAAGAAGAUAUCCUCUUUGUGAAAUGAAAUGAAAGUACGACAAUUUGUUCAAACUGUUUCUCCCUCAUCUCUCCCAAAUAGG